AUGAACGACUUUGACGAGUGCGGCCCGAGCGCAGCAGCCAGCAUGUACCUGCCCGGCUGCGCCUACUACGUGGCCCCGUCGGACUUCGCCAGCAAGCCGUCGUUCCUGUCGCAGCCGUCGUCCUGCCAGAUGGCUUUCCCGUACUCCUCCAACCUGGCGCCGCACGUCCAGCCCGUGCGCGAGGUGGCCUUCCGCGACUACGGCCUGGAGCGCGCCAAGUGGCCGUACCGCGGCGGCGGCGGCGGCGGCGGGGGCGCGGGGGCCGGCGGCGGGGGCGGCCCCGGCGGGGGCGGCGGCGGCGGCGCGGGGGGCUACGCGCCCUACUACGCGGCGGCGGCGGCGGCGGCGGCGGCAGCGGCGGCGGCCGAGGAGGCGGCCAUGCAGCGCGAGCUGCUCCCGCCCGCGGGCCGCCGGCCGGACGUGCUCUUCAAGGCGCCCGAGCCGGUGUGCGCCGCGCCGGGGCCGCCGCACGGGCCCGCGGGCCCCGCUCCCAACUUCUACAGCGCCGUGGGCCGCAACGGCAUCCUGCCGCAGGGCUUCGACCAGUUCUACGAGGCCGCGCCCGGCCCCCCGUUCUCCGGGCCGCAGCCCCCGCCGCCGCCGCCCGCGCCCCCGCAGCCCGAGGGCGCCGCCGCCGCCGACAAGGGCGACCCCAAGGCGGGGGCCGGCGGCGGCGGCGGGGGCAGCCCCUGCGCCAAGGCGACCCCCGCCGCCUCGGAGCCCAAGGGGGCGGCGGAAGGCAGCGGCGGGGGUGACGGCGAGGGACCCCCGGGGGAGGUGGGGGCCGAGAAGAGCGGCGGCACAGCAGCCCCCCAGCGGUCCCGGAAAAAGCGCUGUCCCUACACCAAGUACCAGAUCCGCGAACUGGAACGCGAGUUUUUCUUUAACGUGUACAUAAACAAAGAGAAAAGACUCCAGCUCUCUCGGAUGCUCAACCUCACUGACCGGCAAGUCAAAAUCUGGUUCCAGAAUCGCAGGAUGAAGGAAAAGAAACUGAACAGAGACCGUCUGCAGUAUUUCACUGGAAACCCCUUGUUUUAA